UCACUCGCGUGCAGAACGCGAACGCCGACUACUCCCGCUCGCGUCCCGACUUCCUUCUGGGAGCCUAAUAAACCUGGGGGAAGUUUUAAUCAUUCCGCAGCGAGCCUGGCUCUCUCACUGGGCAUGCUCAGUGGCCGGGCCCCGCUCGGGUGGUGAGUGGCUGUCUUGAGCGCAGGGCUCGGGUCGGCGGCCGCUUGGGCUCGGCUUCCAGGAGUGCGGGCUGGCCACUGCAGCCCCUGAGCCGGGAGCCAGACGCGCCCCGCCGCCCCCGCCCGGACGCAGGGCCUCGCCAGAGCCGCGUUGUUCCGGAACCCGGGGGCCCCCAACUUUGCGCCAACUUCGGAACCGCCCUCUGGGGGAGCCAUGCAAAUGAUGACCAGGGACGUCCUGCUAGAAAUGGACCAGGAGGAGGAGGACGACGACGACGGGGAUAUCGGUGAUGUUGCUGCCUCCAAGAGGCCUUUUCUGACUCCUCACCCAUCCAGGCUGGGGUUGGACAACCUCGAACAGACAGCCGUCUCCAAUUUUGGAGUACUGGAAAGUCAGCCUGAUUUCCGAACCCCAGAGUUUGAAGAAUUUAAUGGAAAACCCGACUCCCUCUUUUUUAAUGAUGGUCAGCGAAGAAUCGACUUUGUUCUAGUAUAUGAAGAUGAAAGUAGAAAAGAAACCAAUAAAAAGGGUUCAAGUGAAAAACAAAGGGUAAGAUUUUGU